AUGUACCUCUACGCGGCGCGCAACUUCAGCGCCCUCGUCGGGCUCGCGAGCCCCGAGCCCAUGUCCAACAUGUACGACCCGACCUACUUCCGCGCCACCUGGGUUCUCACCGCUCUCGAUGCCGGCUUCUGGACGGCCAUGAAGAUUCGCACCAAGUGGCUGCGCGACGUCGCGAGCGUCGUCUUCUCCCUCUUCUACCUCGUCGCCGCCGAGCGGGCCGACGAAAAGGUGCGCAAGGUCCGCGGCAUGGUCACCGUCGACCACAUGCGCGUCUCGUGGAACAAGGGGACGACGCCCUACCUCGGCUUCGUCCAGCGCCUCCUGCGCCCGCGCUUCACCCGCUGGCCGCCGCGCCAGAUUCGCAUCCCGCGCCCCGCCAGCAGCGACUACAAGGAGCCCGUCGCCGCCUGGCUCUACUACGACGGGCCCAUCGCCCACCUCGAGCACCACAACCGCAUCAUCCUCGACGUGCCCGGCGGCGGCUUCGUCGCCAUGGACCCUCGCUGCAACGACGACAAGCUCUUCGCCUGGGCCGCCAAGACGGGCCUGCCCGUCAUCAGCCUCGACUACAGGAAGGCGCCCGAGUACCCGUACCCGUACGCGCUCAACGAGUGCUUCGACGUCUACGCCGCCAUGGUCAAAACCAACGGCCGCUGCGUCGGCAUGUCGGGCAAGGACACGCCCCGCAUCAUCAUCACGGGCGACAGCGCCGGCGGCAACCUCGCCGUCGCCUCGACGCUCAUGAUCCUCGAGACGAGCACGGCCCAGUUUCGGCGCUACGCCGGGGCCGAGAGCCUGCCGCCGCCCGACGGGCUCGUCUGCUUCUAUCCCGCGCUCGACAUGAACAUCGGCAACUGGAUGUCGGACGAGCAGAUGUCGCUCAUCCGGGACCGUAAGAUGAGGGACACCAACGGUUCCAUCAUGCGCCGCAAGAGCAUGCAGUACAACGAGCUCGUCGGCACGCCGCACCAGUCCGACGACGACGACGACACGACGCCGCCCCUCGUCGUCGUCGGCGAGCGCGCGCCGCGCCCGAGCAAGCGGCCGGCCGAGAGGGGCGGCGAGGCGGGCGGCGGCCGGACAGACAGCAUGUCGCACCACGCGGCGCCCAUGAGGACGCGGCUCGCCACCUCGUCGACCAUCUCCUACUUCAACGACAGGGUGCUCACGCCCGAGCUCAUGCGCGCCAUGAUCAUCCUCUAUAUCGGCGCCCACAACCGGCCCGACUUUGCCCAGGACUACCUCCUGAGCCCCGUCCUCGCGCCCGAAUCCCUGCUCGCCAAGUUCCCCAAGACGUACUUCAUGACGGGCGAGCGCGACCCGCUCGUCGACGACACCGUCGUCUUCGCGAGCCGCCUGCGUCGCGCCAAGGAGGCCGCCGUCCGCGAGAGGGUGGGCGACGAGCGGGCCGAGCGCAUGCUCGACGACAUCGACGCCGCCGAGGUGAUGCUCAUCCCGCGCAUCUCGCACGGCUUCAUGCAGUUUCCGAGCAUCUACCCGCCCGCCUGGAAGCACUUUGAGCGCUGCGCCGCCUGGUUCGAGCAGCUCUUCGCCGACGCCGAGCACGCCCGCACGCGGAACCUCCGCCCGGAGCCCCUCUCGCCCGUCGUGGAGCGGGCCGCCAACGGGUCGCACCACCGUCGCAACCCGACCGUCGGCGAGUCGAGCGGAGACGAGGACAAGCCGCUCGAGAUCAGCAUGACGCGCCUGUCGCGCGGCCGCAGCGUCACCCAACCGAGCCAACCCGAGGCGAACGGCAAGUCGAGCGGCAAGCCGACCUUUGACCUCGCCGAGGGACGCCAGCGGUCGAGCCCGGCGAGGAAGGGCAGGAAGUCGCUGAGCAAGAACAUGAGCCUCGUCAAGCUGAACAGCACCGACGACCUGCUGGGCCGCCGCAUGCAGGGGCUCGCGAGCGGCCUGACGGGCCCGGAAGCGGACGGUUAG